UCUCAGCAUCCUCCGGGAGGUAGAGGAAGCAGAAAGCGGAGGGAGUGCCCUGUUCUCCGGCACCGUUACUACUACAGAGCUGCGGCGGGGCUCGCCAUUGACUGGAGCUGACAGGAGGCAUAGCCGCAUGGACGGGCGCUUUGUCUUCUCAUUUCCUUUCCUUUGUUUUCUCAGCUAUAUGUAAUCACGCCGUGUCUGUCCUAGAUUGUCUUCUCAUCUAAUUGUCCCUCAUAUACCUUCUUCUCGGUGUGCCAUUCACCCCUAUCAGCGCUCCUGCCUUUCCCUCAUGCCCUUUCUCCUAUAGCUCUGCACCUUUCUUCUCUGCCUUCCAUCCCAUAAUACUCCAUUUUAUUCUGCAUCCAUUUUUCUUAUUGCAUGCCCUUUGUUAUUUCCUUUCCUACCCAUCUCUCCUGUUCCCACCUUUAGAGUAUAUGCCUGUGUUAUAACCUACCCUCCUCCCAUACUCCCUCUUACUCCAGGGAGGGGAGGUGUGAUGAUGCAGAGGAAGGUGAAGCCCCCCUCGGGGGUGGGAUCAGGGCGCUCGGCGGAACUGCGCGUUUUUCGCGGCACUAGCGCUGGACACGAGACCCGCCUGCCCGGAGCGCCCCUUCGACGCCAACGUUCACUCACCAACCUGUCGGUGCUGACGGACGCCGAGAAGAAACUUCGCCUCUGCGGACCCGAAUGGUGCGAUGAUCUGGCUACUACCACCUUGGUCAAGAACCUUACUACGGCCCCGGCAUCCCCUGCUAUGUCCAGGGCGCUUUCGCGCUCAGAACACUCUCUUCUUCAGCCGCGGACACCUAGCCGAAUUCCACGGGGACCGUACGCUGAAGUUAAGCCGCUUAGUAAAACUACGGACUCCAAUUCCAGCGGUCCUUCUGCAGAUGAUUCUUCAAAAGAGGCCUCUGAUGACAAGAAGACUUUUCUUAAGGUGGACCCGGAGCUGGUGGUGACUGUUUUAGGCGAUCUGGAGCAGCUUCUCUUCAGCCAGAUGUUGGAUCCUGAGACUCAGAGGAAACGAACUGUUCAAAAUGUCUUGGAUUUGAGGCAAAACUUAGAGGAAACCAUGUCAAGCCUUCGAGGUUCUCAGGUAACACACAGUUCCUUAGAAAUGCCUUGCUAUGACAGUGACGAUGCCAACCCUCGCAGUGUUUCCAGCCUUUCCAAUCGUUCUUCCCCUGUGUCCUGGCGUUAUGGGCAGGCUAGCCCACGGCUGCAAGCUGGAGAAGCUCCCUCUCUUGGUGGUUGUCGCACAGAAAGUGGUGUAGGAGGCUGGCAGUUUUCGCACACAAUGCCUCUUCGUGCUGGCACGAGACUUUGCAGCAUUACCCAACGUCUAGAGCUAAUGGAAACAGCAGAGCGCGAUUUAAAAUCUGGUUAUGGAAGCGACAGCGACUGCCAGUUGGGGAAAGAGACAUCACAUGAGGAUGAUGACAUUAUAACCAGCUGGGACGAGAGCAGCUCUAUAAGCAGUGGCCUGAGUGAUGCAUCAGGGAAUCUCAGUUCGGAAGAGUGCAACGCAAGCUCUUCACUUACUUCCCUUCCCUCCACACCCACCACAUCCAGACGGAGCUCCACCAUUGCUCUUCGCACAGAUUCUGAAAAACGCUCAUUAGCAGAAAGUGGACUGAGCUGGCAUAGUGAAUCAGAAGAAAAGGGACAACGCAGGAUGGAGUAUGAUAGUGGCAGCCUAAAGUCAGAUCAUGGAUCAUCUCGAUGGCGGCGGGAAAAGAGUGAUGAUGUCCAAAAGUCAGAGACGAAAAAGCCUGUAACCCUUGGCCAGCCACUGCGUAGAGGAAAAAAUCCACCCAUUGGUGUUACUUCCCCAAUUACCCACACUCCCACUGGAACAACCACACAAAAAGGAGGUGGAGGUAAAACAGAGCAGAAAGCAACUGACAAAUCUAAACUCAGCUUGAAAACUGCUGGACUGCAACGGUCAUCUUCUGAUGCCGGACGAGAUCCACGUUCACCAGAUGCUAAGAAACCUCCCUCAGGCAUUGCUCGUCCUGCAUCAUCUUUUGGCUACAAAAAGCCUGCUGCGCCAUCUUCCCCUCUAACUGGCAAUUCUGCCACAUUAGGCAAAACCCCAAAGUCCUCAGGAAUCCCUGUGAAGCCCACAUCUGGCACCGUAAGUGGGAACCGGAAGACAAGCUUGGAUGUUUCAUGUUCAGCAGAGCCUGGCUUUCUUUCACCCACGGCUCGCACCAACAUACAGUACCGCAGUCUUCCACGCCCUGCCAAAUCUAGUGCCAUGAGUGUUACAGGAGGCAGGAACACCAGUCGGCCACUCAGUAGUACUAUGGAGGCAAGCCUUGUGCCAGUACAAGGAAAGACAGCAGGAAAUUCUCGCUUGAAAGAGCCAUCCAAAGUUGCUAGUGGUCGACUUGGUGUUAACCAGACAGAUCGUGAAAAAGAGAAGGCCCGUGCCAAAGCUGUAGCUCAAGACACAGAAUCUCGGACAAGUGUGCCAAAUCCUGUAGAACCAACUGUAAAUGGUGUAAAAGAAGGCACACAAACUACACCUCACAGGGCAAUAACCAAACCUUUCAUGAAGACUCCAACACUUUCUAAUCUGGAUAAAGUGAACUCUAACAGCCUAGACUUUACGCCCUCUGCUACGGAAGUUGCCCCAACAAAACAUGAACUUCUCUCAAACGUUUCCUGUCUCACUCCAAGUCCAGCUCCCAUACUGAAUAUCAACUCUGCCAGCUUUUCUCAGGGUCUAAAUAAUCUUAGGAUGUAUCCUAAACUCUCGGGCUUACAUCGUAGCAUGGAGUCACUUCCACUUUCUAUCAGUGUCCCACCUGUACAAUUUAGUGAAGAUGGAGAUGAUCAAAUUCCAGACACUGGGUGGAAUGAUAUGUCCCUCAAGUCACCUGUACCUGACAUCACUAUCCAGGAUAGAAACACAUUACCCAAAAAAGGGCUGAGGUACCAGUCACAUUCUCAAGAUGAACCCAAGGAAAGGCGACAUUCACACACAAUUGGGGCAAUUCAAGAUAAUGAUGAUUUAUCACCUUUACCCCCACCACUCGCACUAACUAAUGUUGGCAAACCUCCAUUAGCUUGCUUGGUGAGUCCAUCUUCUGCUCCUCGUAUUGCUCGAUCGAGCAGUAUUCCAGCUCAGGACUCUUCUUUUGAGCUUUUUGGUUCCUCUAACCUGGGAAGUUCAUUAUCUCUUGCUGACAGACCCAAAGGAACGAUGACUAGAUCUGGCUCAUUUAGAGAUCCUGCUGAUGAUGUUCACGGUUCUGUUCUGUCACUGGCAUCAAGCGCAUCAUCAACAUACUCCUCUGCUGAGGAAAGGAUGCAGUCGGAGGUACAUUCAGUGUUCUAUGCUUUGUUGGAGAACUAUUCUUUUCCUCUUGAUUUACCGCAAAUCCGCAAGCUGCGACGAGAACUGGAAUCAUCACAGGAAAAAGUUGCAACUCUGACCACACAACUGUCUGCCAAUGCAAACCUAGUAGCAGCAUUUGAACAGUCAUUGGUGAACAUGACCUCCAGACUUCGUCUGCUUGCUGAUACUGCACAAGAGAAGGACUCGGAACUUGUAGAAUUGAAAGAAACCAUUGAAUCAUUGAAAUCCAAGAACUCUGAGGCACAGGCUGUCAUCCACGGGGCACUGAACCCUCAAGACCAUGCACCACGGGAGCUGCGAAUACGGCGCCAGAAUUCUUCUGAUAGCAUCUCCAGCCUAAAUAGCAUUUCCAGUUACUGCAGUGCCGGAAGUAUCAAGGAUAGUGAUGCCAAAAAGAAGAAGAAGAAGAGUUGGCUGCGUAGCUCUUUUACUAAAGCAUUCAACAUGAAGAAAGGACCCAAGUCAGGCAAUUCUUAUUCUGAUAUUGAGGAAACGGCUACUCCCGAUUCCUCUGCGCCAACCUCUCCGAAACAGCAGCAAGGACCUCCAGGUCCACCAUCACCAUCAAUACACUCCUCACCAUCCUCUUCUGUCAUAUUUGAGACUCAAGAAGGGGAAGAGCCAGAAAAGAGAGAAGUGUCAGAAUUGCGUUCGGAAUUAUGGGAAAAAGAGAUGAAGUUAACCGACAUUCGUUUGGAAGCACUUAACUCUGCUCAUCAGCUAGAGCAGCUACGUGAAACUAUGCACAAUAUGCAGCUUGAAGUUGACCUUUUGAAGAAAGAAAAUGAUCGUCUGAAAGUACCACCCUUCUCAGUAAAUUCGAGUAACUCAUCAUCUUGCCCAUCCCCGCGGCGGUCCCUAGCUUUGACUCUUACGCAGUCUCUAGGAAUUCCUCCAUCGUCGGAUACAGAUCUUUCUCCAAUGGACGGUAUAAAUGGGUCUCUUCAGAGGGAAGUGACAUUGCGUGCUGUUAUAAGAGUUCCCCCACAGCAUAUUAUUAAAGGGGAUCUGAAACAGCAGGAGUUCCUCUUGGGUUAUUUAAAGAUUAGUAACAAAGCAGAUUGGAAAAGUCUGGAUGAAGCUGUGUGCCAAACCUUUCAGGACUAUGUAAAUCAGGUUGAUCCAGGAGCUACAUUGGGCCUUGGCAAGGAUUCUCUGAGUGGAUACAACCUAGGACACAUAUCUAGGGCUCUGGAUACACAAGCACCUGAAAUCCCUCCAUCUAGAAAUUUGCGAAACACCACCAAUGUUAUCUUAAAGCUAAAAGGUCUGAAGGAAAGAUGUGUGGAUCUGCUGGUGUUUGAAUCUCUCAUCCCCAAGCCCAUGCUUCAGCAUUAUGUUAGCCUGUUGUUGAAACAUAGAAGAUUGCUGUUAUCUGGUCCUAGUGGCACAGGCAAGAGCUUCUUGGCACAUAGACUGGCUGAAUAUUUGGUGGAGAGGUCAGGGCGAGACAUUACUGAUGGCAUUGUUACUGCCUGUAACAUGCACCAGCAGAGCUGUAAGGAUCUGCAACUAUACCUCUCCAACCUGGCUAACCAAAUUGACAGAGAGACUGGGACAUGUGAUGUUCCCUUAGUGAUUUUACUGGAUGAUGUAGGUGAAGCUGGAGCCAUCAGUGAGUUGGUGAACGGGGCCCUGACCUGCAAAUACCAUAAGUGCCCUUACGUCAUUGGAACAACGAAUCAUCCGGUGAAAAUGACCCCAAACCAUGGUUUGCACCUAAGCUUUAGGAUGUUAACUUUCUCCAAUAAUGUGGAGCCAGCAAAUGGAUUCUUAGGUCGGUAUUUGCGUCGGAAGCUACUGGAGUCUGAAGGCAGCAUUGGGACUGGACAUGGAGAGUUACUCAGGGUUCUUGACUGGGUGCCUCGAUUGUGGUACCAUCUACACACCUUCCUGGAGAAGCACAGUACCACAGACUUCCUCAUAGGCCCCUGCUUUUUCUUGUCCUGCCCAAUCGGAAUUGAAGAUUUCCGUGUGUGGUUUAUUGACCUGUGGAACAACUCCAUUAUACCAUACCUUCAAGAAGGUGCCAAAGAUGGAAUCAAGGUACAUGGACAGAGGGCUGCCUGGGAGGAUCCCGUUGAGUGGGUUCGGGACACAUUGCCUUGGCCUUUGGCACAACAGGAUCAGUCGAAGUUGUUACAUCUACCACAGCCCAGUACGGGGAGUCACAUCUCAGCCUCCCCUCCCAGGGAACACACUGUGAAGGAAUCACCUCCAGGUUCAUUGGAAACAGAUCCUCUGAUGGCAAUGCUAUUAAAACUUCAAGAGGCUGCCAACUACAUUGAGUCUCCAGACAGAGAAACCUUGUGUGACAGUGACCUCACUUCCACCAUCUGAAUGCCAAUAGCCUGACAUUCCUGGGUUGAUAUUCCAUUCGAUAACACCCAUACCCACAAGAAAUGGUGAAACUGGAAGUUCAAUCUUGAGAAAGCAAGAUUGGAGCAUCUCAGAACUGAGUUUGGACUCACUUUAUUACCCUUGAUUCUACUUCAAUAAUUAUGCUGCCCUACUUUGAAAACAGAAGGAGGAAUCUUACAACACAUUUAAACAUGGAUUUUUAUUUCUAAUCUUUUUUCUUCAUACAGCAGGUUUGAGGAAGAAAGUGGACUUAUUUUGCAAUUAUAUAUUGUUUCCUAUAAGUUAAGUUUAUUUCUAUGGUUUCAUUACAGGCGACCAAUUAAUCUCCACAUGUAGUGUCUUCUUUGCCAAGGACGAAAGGCAGCAAGUGUUGGACAGUUAUUUGUGGAUGGAAAUGGGAAUGGAGGGUUUUUCUUUUUAAGACUGUUAAUAGUAUAACUGUACUUCCUGGGCGCAACUUAAUGUCAGAUGGAUCUGCAAAUGAUCAUUCUGAUGCCACUGUAGAUGUGACAUUCAUGUGUCAGAAUUUUUGGUCACCACCCAUCUCAGAAGUGUGAAGUGCAUUCCUACCGCCAUAUGCAUUCCUCAUUCCAUCUUUGUGUGGGAGAUCCAUUCGCCUUUAUGUUCCCCAAACUUUUCUAAAUUCAGAAUGCAGUAGCAUGCCAGACAUUGUAUUCUGAGACUAUACCACCACCUUCGGAUGUGGGAUUAUUUAGAAUUUAAGGUCAGCCUUACAGUUUUUUAUUUUAGAUGUGCAAAAAUGGGGGUAUGUAAUAUUGUGGUGUAGGAGAGACCAGUGACAAACACAUUGUGGAGCAUGACGUGAACGUGCAUAUGAUUACAAUUAAGAGCCUUACCAGAAGAACAUGGGUACAAUACAGGAUUACAUUAUGCAACAGAUACACUAGGGAGGAAAUGUAUGAGUAACAGAAUCUAUCCGUAUAUGGUUUUCCAAGAAAUGUGAAUUUUUCUUUCCAUUUUUUUAAUCAAAUUUUUAGAAUGUGUUCCAGAAUGCCUGUUAUUUGGAAAUGAGACGGUUCUCUGCUGUGUAGAACUCUAGGCAGGUAAUAAAAUACACAAGACAUUAAAAGAAUAAAGUCGGACUAGUUUAAACCAAGUGCUAAAUACAAGAAAGCAUUAAAGCAUGGAAGAUAUUGCUCUUUUAACCAGUUCAGUAUUAUGAACAAUUUAUCGUUUACACCACAUCAGUGUACAGGAUCUAAUGUGCAUGCAGGCAAACCCUUGACUUUCUUAGCAUGGAGUAAAGCCAUCCAGCUCUAAUGUACUAGCUAAACAGCACUCUACUUCCAGAAUGACUUUAUAGAAACCAAUAUGGCAGAUACAAAGAUAACUCUUUAAAAUUGGUGUCAUACGGGGCUCUUUACACACUGGAGCUGACAUGUAAACAGAAGGAAGAAUGCUCUCCGCUGAUGCAUAGGAAGGGCCAAUAAAUCAAAAAGAAAAAGCUACCUCAUGUUCAAGGAGUUACUAAAAAUGAUUAAAGCAAUGCCAUGCUAUUGCAAGACAUGUUUUGUUUUGCCUUUACAUUUAUUGUGAAGCUUUACUGAACAUUAUCAGCUAUUUUAGACUGCUUGUGGCCUUUCAGUUUGAUUACUGAAGAAAAUUAAGCCACGUGCAGGAGAUUGUUGCCCUUGAAAAUGAAAGCAUUUUCUGCAGUGUACCUGUAUAUUGUUAUGAUUUUACAGGUAUGAGUGCUAAUAUCUUUAUAUUCCCUUUUAUUGCAGUUUAAGUUUACUGUUCCUUAGGCCCUAUGGAUACAAAUGUGCCCAUUUCCCACCUUCAUAGACCAGACUCUCGUUCACAGUCAGUUUUUCACAUCAGCUUCUUACAGUAAAGGUGUUAUGUCAUAAGUUCCCACAACAGUGCUGUUUCGAUUAUCACUGCACCUUGUGCUAUUUAACCAACAGUUAAAGGUUAGUCUGAUGCAGGAAUACCGACAGAUUACUAUUAAUUUGUAAGAUCCAUAUGGUACAUUACUGGUAACUUGCACAUUUUAUGUCAAAGAACAAAAUAAGGGUAAUUUACAAACAUGCAGUACCGUUGAACAAAUUCUGUUCUUUCAUGGUUAUGCCUGUCCUUAUAGGAACUGCGUGGAUUGGUUGUGGAUACCAUUGCCUUUUCAAACACCCUUAAUUAGCAGAAUAGGUACAAUUGCUUAUUUUCCCAAUAUACUUACUUUAUGUGCGGGCACUUCUAAAACUUUCCUAUAGAUACCUUUUUUUAACUUACUAUACCAUAUGCAUUCUCUGUACUGGAUGUUUAUUCUGUAGUGCUAGUAGAUUGGAUUUUUGGGUGUUUCCAUAUGUUUCGAUGGUAGUUCCAGUCAUUACAAUUCAGCAGCUUGUCUAGUUUAGGAAAUGAACAAGGAAGCACAUUUGCACAUACUUAAAUGCAAUGCCUGUCUGAAACAAUUCCUGGUUUAUAAAUGAAAAACUUUGAGAAAAGUCCCAAUUUUCAAAGUAUAAACAUUAUCAGGACACUUUCUAAUUUUAACUUUUUUCAGAUUAAUAUAUUGCUGAAAUAUUGUUUUCAUACAGACAUUUUAUAUUAGUCUGCUUUUCUCUCCAUUAUCAUAUAGUAUCUUAAUAAGAACCACAAAAUAUAAAACACAAGUCCAAGAAUAUAACGGAGCUAAUCAUAAAAUGUAAGAGUUUCAUCAGGUCUGAAAAUGUAAUACAUUUUCAGACUAAAUUGCUAUUAUACAUGGUGGGAACAAGUACAUUAAUCGCCUUAUCAAACACUGCAGUCAGCUUCUUCAUAGCUUAAAAUGGCUGAUUACAAAUGAAUAGGCUGCCGUGCCUGCGUUUCCUGCAGAAAAAGGUACAUGCACCUUUUCCAAACGCGGCCUGCAGGGAAAUCGCAUGGUCAUUCCUGCACCCGCAAACGUGCUUCGUUUCUACACGCGUAGGGGUGCCAUUCACAAUGAAUAGCAGCCCCGCGCAUUUUCUCAGAGCAGGGUGUUUUCACUGCAGGUGGUUGUGGGUAUGGGAAUCGCUGCAAUUCCCACAGCCACGUGCAUAGGUUUACACCUAGCGCUAAACUUAGAAUAUGAAAUAUCCAAUAUCCUACUAUGAUCUAAAAAUUGUAUAAAAUUUAGAAUAAAUAAGAUAACUUGUGUUUUAGGUUUAAUGGUGCUUAAAAUGUACAGCUAGUAAACUUUGUCUUUAAUGAAGGUGGCACCAGUAAAUAAAGGCAUCUCAUGUAACAACAGUUUAUAACCUUUCAGUCAUCGUGGGCCAUUGGUGAAAGUAUGUGGCAGAAGUAACAGGCAAAGCAAUUGUUAACAGGCAAGGUCUUCUUGUCAAAUUGAUGGCUAGGCUCUGCUAAACAGAAAGAGCUGAAAGAGCAAUUUUUUAAUGGAUGCUUUCUGCUAGCAUUGCACAAUUUUAUGUGUAAUGCUAGCGUGCUGCAGAAACUGUACUUUUUUUUUUUUUUUUUUUUGCAAAUGUAAUUGUGUGUACCCUCUUCAGGGCAUCCUCAUAUUAUUGAUAUAUUGUAUCCUUUGAUUUGUCUUUUGAUUUAAACACUCGACUCACCUAAAUUGCUAAAUUCUAUACAUUUUUUUUUUUUUUUUUAAUCAAUGCUGUAAAUUGUGUUAUUAUGUAUUUGUUGCACUUUAUCAUUUUCCGCAUUGCUGGUCUCUGUGGUAUAGCAUAGAUAAGCACUCCUGUGGGGGUGUCAUUCAAUAACUAUAAGCUUUAUGCAGUGUGGGGUAGGGGGAAGGCCACUGGCCCAUGAAUUUAUAGAUGGGCAUAGACAUUGGUGCUAAGAUCUGGUGCUCAUUGUAUUUUGGAUACGAGAGGCUUGUGUACAGCUGUCUGAUGCAAGUCGUCUCUUAUUAUUGGCAGUAAUGUUUAUUGUAGUAAACAUCCCUUGGUGCUCACAACAGUGUUAUCCCCUGGACAAAUAGGUCAUUACACCUACAGAAGGGAUUAAAUAACAGCCUUAUAGUGUACAACAGUUUUGUGCAUUUUGUACUGUAAUGUGGGAUAAUGACAUAGUAAAGAGUGAGCCCAACAAUGCUAUGAAAAUUUCUAAAAAGUUCCAGCAUGCUAGCAAAUUUUAAUGAUUAAGAAACAAGCCUGAACUAUUAUUAUUAUUAUUAAUGUACAGGAUUUAGAUAGCGCCAACAGUUUGCACAUUGCUUUACAACUUCGGGGAAGACGGUACAAUUACAUUACCAUUCAAUACAGGAGGGAUCAGAGGGCCCAGCUCGUUAGAGCUUACAAUCUAGAAGAUUAGAACUCACAUGUUUUAAGCUAGUUUGUGAAAUAAUAUUAACAUUUAUGUUGUCCGCUCACUCUUACUAUUGUUAACAGAGGCUACCCAUGGCCAUAAGAAAGUCUAAAAAGGCUCAUUAUUGUCUUCAGAACAAUCUAAUCUUGUUUCAGUCAAGCAUGCAGGUUUAUGAUUCGGAGUUGGCCCUAUCUCAGGGGAAUAGCAGCCAUCUGUGGAAAUCGAUUUUGGACAAUUGAGUUUUUCCCUGAGGUAAGACAACCCAGGGCUGUGUGCAAAGGUCACAUGGUGUCAAUAGGCAUUAAACCAAUUGCUUAGUAAACUGUCAUUGGCCUGAUUGGACACCAAUCAUUUUAUGUCUAUGGGUAGACAGAGAGCAGCGCACAAAUUGCAGAUUCAUGUUGUCAGCUGCCUGGGAGACAAAAAGUUAAGGUGACACUGUUAAAAGAGAUCUUACUCUGUGCCUCCCUCUAUUUCCUAUCACUGUGAGCAUUUUUUUUACGUGAAAAAUUAAAACAAAAAACAAAAAAAAAGUGAAGUAGGAAUUGUUCACCAUUUGUCAGUUGUUAUCAGUUGUUAUUCAUGCAGAAGUAAAGGCAUGUGUAUAGUCAACACCUUAUUUAGAACUGUAUGCUUAUUCCGUAAUGCUUCUCCGAAAACUUGUUCUUGACAUUAUCAUGCAAACACAUGAGGUACAGUGUGGGUACAAAAGCUCCAGAUAAUGCAUUCAAUUAUGUCAUUUUGUAUGUCUUCAUAGACUACACUUGGACAGUUGUACAAUUUAAUAAUAAUCUAUUUUAGUUUUGUGUGUUAUUACUGUCAUUGUAAAGGCCCCAUAAGCCUAAAACACUGGUUGGCACAUAGAAAAUAGCUACCUAAAACGCUUGCAGUUUGAAGAUUGGUUUACAUCACAGGGAGCUAGGUCCAGUUCUUUCAGUUGUGCUUUUAAAAUCUCGAAAAUAAGUAAAAAAAAAAGGGGGAUCCCCUGUAUGCACUGACCCAUAACUAUAAAAGUGAUUCUUCUGUUGACACAACACUUCCAGCAUCGGUAGCUUUAACACCUCUCUUACCCAACACUGAAAGUUACAUCCAAUAUACCUGAAACCUAACCCUUAAUACCCAAAGUAAGCCCAGUCUCUACAAUAUCUAUAACUUGUAUGUAUUUGUUUCCCCUCUGAAGAGUUCACAGUAUUAUCCCUGACAGCACCUUUAUUUCUCCCUAAAAAGACCAACACCCUCUUUGUUUGAGCAUCAUCCAGAGUAAGUGUUUCAUUUUCAGUAAGUGAACACUUUGGGGAGUUGGCUGAGGAACUGCUUUUCUCCUGCCUUAAGCACACUGGGGACAUCAUUUUCCAGCAUGCUCUUCUCAGUGCUAGGCACUGUCAAUUUGAUAGACCUCAGUAACUGCACUUAAUUAUAAAAGGUACUAUUUUUAGAUAUAUUCUAUUGCUGAAUAUUGUGGUGUGUCAGGAAUUUGUUUAUUCAGAUAUGUGAAGUUAGUAGUCGGUCUGCUUUAACCUAGCCCCUACACUUUUCCCAGUCAUUCCCCUUAUGUUAACCCUUAGGCCUCAUUCACAUGGGCAUACUUAAGCGUACACCCGUGUGAGGUCUGUGUUUGCACACACAGGGAUAUACAGGUGUUUUGUUUCAUUUAUGCUAAUUGGGAUAGAGCGGCCCCAUGGACACAGCCACUGCUUCCAAUUUCACAUCAGUGUGGGUGCGGGUCCAUGAAUACUCACUGGCAGCAUUCAGGGACCCGCACCCUCUCAGCUAUCUAAUUGAGAGAAAUGGCUGUGUAUAUGCAACCGCUGCCUCCACGGGGAUGCAUGAAACACCUGUGUAUCCCUGUGCAGGCAAUCUCAUGGGCAUAUGCCUAGGUACACCCAUGUAAAUGAGGCCCUACCCAGACACUAAGUUAACUCCUAUCAUUUAAUCCCUUUCUUAACCCUUAGGGCUCAUUCACUUGAGCCCUUGCCACCUCUCUAAAAAGCAAAUCCUUAGUGGAUUGUGUUUCAUAUGUGUUUGAUGUGCAGUAGGGAGGUGACAGGUUGCUUCCUGAUUUAACCCUGUAAAUGCAGCAAUCACAUGCAUCACAUAUGGUUGUGGGGGUGGCCCCUUAGACCAGCAUGGGUUGCGCUCAACGGAUGUUUCAUACACAUUGUUUGUUUUCAUACACAUGGUAGAUUUUGCUUAUUGAUGGCCCUAAAAUACUAAUAUAACAAUAAGCCAGUCUGAAUUAGCUGAUAAUAUAAAAACAUCUUAAAGCUGAUCUUCGGUCUUACCUUUAGCCUUGCACAGUUGUAAAGCCUCCUGUACAGAAGUUUCUUACCAAUUUCACUAUCCACUGUCAGUUUGUCACAGUAUUAGAAGCUGCAGCAAGUCUGAUUAAGCCUGUCUCAUUUCAUGGUUGGAGCAAAUUCAGCAUCCUCUAGUCCUGACCGCACCCACCAGCCAUGAUCUGCCAUCAUUGCAUAGAGAAGCCCACAGAUCCAGUGAUGACAUCACUGGUGUAAAAUAAGGUAUGUAGUGAAAAUUAAAAGGUUUCAUUUAACAAUAUAAUUAGCAUUGUUUUGAGGGGGAAAUGUGAAACAAAGAAAGACAACAUAAAAGAAGAAUAUACUUCAGCUCUAAAUUCAGCUUUAAGCCUAGUACACACGGGCCGAAUGUUGGCCGGCAUCGGCCAGUUCAAUAGAUACCUGCCAAAAUGUUGGCCCGAUUUGACAGAAGCCGGCUGUUCAGCCAGCUUCUGUCGAAGCAGCAUGACCAAAAAAAGGUCUGCUGAUUGCUGAGAGAGUUGCCCGGAUUGUUCUGGCAGUGGUGGGCGUCCCCCUGUCAGAACACAAUAAAACAGCAGGGGAGAUCGCUGUACUAACAUUGGAUGGUUAGUACAGCGGAUCCUUCUGAGCGGUCAGUCUCAGCUGUCUCACUAGGCUUUAGGGAAAUGAUAGGAGAAUGUAAAACUUUGCAAGAUCUGUCCUAGUUUACCGAUUUCCAAAUGUGAGAUGUUGAACUCUAUUAUUACCGAUGCUAAUACCAUGUUCCUGAUAUGUGAUCUUGCUUGGUAAUUUAUGGAGACCUUCCAUGGCAAGUUGAAAAUCCACUUUUUUGCAAGCUCUUUCCAAAAACGCAAAUGCCCAUUUGAAAACAAAUUGCCCCCCAAAAAAAACACUGACUUACUUUUCCCUAGACUCUGACAUCACCUGGAGAAACUAGGAGAUUGAAAUCCUGCAGAUAUCUACUCUUGCCAUACCGGAAGGCACCCAUGCCACCCCAAAGCAUUAUUAUUAUUUUUUUUUUCAGAUGAUGCAAGCUCCACUUUUAACCCAAAAUUGCCUAACCUGUUUCUUUUUAUUUGUGCAAAUCUCCUCAUGUUUCCCCAUAUACAGUUUUGCCAUACAAAGGGGACAUUCAUUCAUGUAUUCAUGUCAUAGCUAGGUGUAAUCUUAAGAAGUAGAUAAAGAGAAAGGUACAGAUGCACAAAAACACACAAAAUUCAAAUGAGUUUCUGAAUUGAAUCUGAAACUGCACUUUUUGCAAAGAGCUGCAAUUUCAGAUUUGCUUUGUGAGCCCUGUAUCUCUGGUUUGGUGAUGUGUUAAGAAAACAUGAAGUCAACAUGAUUCUCAGUAACAAGAGGGGCUCCUCACCGGUGGUUGUUAUUACGGUGAGAAGGGGGUUCAGAUUGUUUCUAUCCAUAAAACCCCUUUAAUUUUAGGAUGCCACAGUGAGUACAAUUUGUUUUAAAAUUAAGAGGGCAGAAAUGGAUUGCUUACAUGAUAACAUGGGGGGUACUUUUGUAGACAAAUGAUAUUAAACCGUACAAAGAAUGCUACAUUUAUUAUAAAAGUCUGGUUAUUCAACAAUGUAAGGUUAUUUAUGAUGUAAGAAAUGCAAUCGGUAUACCUGUAAAGAUACAAAUACUUUGAAGCUGUAGGUAGCUAUUUGUAAUUAUACUAAAUACAUAUUGUUUGUGAAGAGAGAACUACAUUACAUGCAGCAUUUAGACUUGAAAAUUACACACAAUACUCAUGUAAAUCAAUGAAAAGUGAAUAAUGUGACCAGAUAUUUACAGAAAUAUUUCUUUCUGUUUUUUUUUAAAAAGCCAGAUUCUCCGAUCCUGCUUUAUUUUUUAUUUCCUUGACAAAAGAUCAAUUUACCUCAGCUACCACAGUUUUUUUUUCCCCCUCACAGAAGGCCUAGCAAUUAAGUUUUGCUAUUGGGUUCCCCAGGCAGCGCAAGGUUUGACAUGGUGCUGUAUAAACCACUAGGACAUCAGUGGCCUUAACUGAGGUGUACAAUCCUCAAAAUGUCACCUUUUUCACCAUAUCUGCACAAGUUUCUCCCUUGUUUACUGUUUUGUGUAAUCCAGGUACAAAAUGUCUGUAUGUCAAAAAUUUCAGGGGAGGAGGUAACAUUCUGGUGACAUGUAGCACGAUGGCAUUUUUUAGAUGUGUUUAUAAAGUUGUACCAUUGAAAAUCGA